GCUCGCUACCGCCCAUGCCUCGCCACCACAAGGGGGUAGACGAACUUCGAUUGAACCUUUCAAACAAUGUCAACACUGCCCCAAACACUCUCACUUCGACUUCAAGACACACGAUCGCCUUUGAAGGCCUGGGACUUUUCUGCUUCAGUGCAGUCUAGCAGUACGAACCUCCUGGAAGUGGCGUAGUACUAGACGGAUGCAUCGUCCGAGUUGAUUCACAGGGUUGGAUACGUUGUUUCAGUCAUCGGAUUGAAAGAGAACGAAAGUGGCGAUGCGCUUGAACCAACCUUGAAUUUAAUGAUUCCGGCGGCUUUCUGUCAACGCCCGAGCGAUCUUCAAUUGCAAGUUCUCGACGGAGGUGUGAUAAUCCGACCUUCUGGGGCGCGCUCAUCCACCACAUAGGAAAUUACGUUUGCCCCAGCGUCUCGACUGCCUGCUAAACAGUCUUUUCUAGUCGAUGGGCCAAGUCCUCCGUUUGAAGAACGUGUCUCGGUGUGGCCUCUUCUGUCUACCCAGCUUCCAAGACACCUUCCCCACGACUUUGACGUAUAUCGCUGGGAUAGGCCUUCCAAUGAGUCGGGCUUUCUUCUGCAGAUGUCGGUCGGUCAUGGUAUAUGAUAUCCGGAAUUAUGUGCCAGUUUCGCCACGCUGUCGCACUUGUAACUCUCCUUCAGUGGGGUGCGACCACUUCAGGCACCGGGUCUCAAGCCAACGAGAUUUUAUGGUCCGGAGAAUGCUACAAAUGCAUGAUCGGCUUGUAUCCAGAUGUAAAUGGAUAGUUCAGAAGAAGAAUCAUGACUUGGAAAGUUCGCCAGCAGGAUCUUUGAGUAGCGCCACUUCUUUUUCGUGGACAAAUCAAGGAGUCCGGUGUAGUCUACAUCCGAGAUUUAGGCUGCAUCAUGGGAGAUUUCUUCCUUCCAUCAAGUUCGGUGGAAUCUUGCAUAUCGUUUUCCUGUGUGCAAGUCAAUUGGCCUGACAGCCUCCAACCGGUUUGAAUGUUGUCGUGCUUUUUUCCACGGCGUCACCGUAUAAUGUUAGCCACAUGGGGUCAAAGUAUAAAUACAAAUCCGACAGGAUGAAGAUCAAGAAUUCAAUUGCACAUUCUACCUUCCCAUCACCCAUGGUCUCGUUCACAAUCCUUGCAGGGGGAUACGAUACAUUCGUUGCCUCGUAUCUUUUCAACUCCACUAACGCGUCGCUGACAGUAACUGGGCGCUUCCCCACUGGAGUCAACCCCUCCUGGAUCACUGCGCACCCGACUAACCGUAGUGUGUUUUAUGCUGUAAAUGAACUAGAUGAUGGCGCCCUCCAAUCCUACACCACCACGUCGAAUGGUGUUGUUACCGGUCCGUUCGACACAGUACCCUCUGGUGGAGGAAGUCCAGCAUUUGCCGUUGCACUGGGCACUGGAGAGGUAGCCAUAAUGAAUUAUAAUGGUGGAAACGGGCGUAUCAUACCGACAUCAUCACCCUUGAAAUUUGUCAACGAUUCCGCUCCUGUGAUCACAUUCCCUCCUCCAGCAGGUGGAGUGUCGCAUCCACACCAGGCUGUAGCACAUGGUCAAGAGAUUCUCAUACCCGACCUGGGUGGUGACAAAGUUUGGAGACUGACAGAAAACGGUGGACCCGGCAAUUGGAAAAUUGCAGGAAACAUUCUCCAACCCCCCGGCAGUGGACCACGACAUGUCGCGAUCAGGGACGAUCGUUUAUUCACCUUACACGAACUCGCAUCUACGCUCACCAUUCAAAAGUUCCCCACUCUCUCUCUGAACGGUACAGCCCCUCUCAUCGCAAAUGCAUCCAUUAUCCCCUCACACCCACCAGCGGGAUCGCAAUGGGGUGCUGCAGAGAUUCUUAUUCCAGAUCGGACAGACAAGUUCCCUAACUCGUAUAUCUAUGUGUCAAACCGUAACAUCGCUACCGAUCCCUCUGCCCUCGAUCCCAGGGGAGACACGAUUGCAAUCUUUGAACACGUCAACGUAGGGACCAAGAACGAGGGCUUGAGGCUGAUCAAACAAAUCUUUACCGGAUUAAGCCAGGUCCGGGGCAUGGAGAUAGGCCGACAGACUAACGGAGGUGACAAAUACCUGGUUGCUUCUGGCGUCGCUGGCACUGGUGGUACGGUCGUUUUUGAACGAAUCGACGGGGGAGCGGAUUUGAAAGAGGUAGCAAGGAACAAGGAUAUACCCACCAGAACCUCUUUCAUCUGGAUUUAA